GCCAGCUAAACGAUCGAUGGAGUUCAAAUGUCGAAGGGUAGGAAGCGCCACACGAAGCUUGCUUGUUGUGCAAAACAGACGCCUUUCUUUUGUAAGGAAGUUGCCAUUUAUGGCGAAGAAUUGUGCGUUGGCGAAUGUUUUGUGUUCAUCCUCUGCUUUUAAGCCUGUGGCCUGUGGGCUCAAUUCAGUGGCGUCUGUUUUUUCUUCUUGAUUCAGUCAAGGCUUUGGUGUGCUGGUAUUGGGAUCCCGUUGUUAUCCUGCUAGUUCGUGGUGAAUAUCGGAUUUUUUUUUCUUUUUGUUCGUUUGACAUCUGAGCAGCUUGAAGCUAAUUUUGUCGUUGAUUUGUGGUUGAACCUCUCUCAUUUAGCAUCUUUUGGUAAUAUGAGUUUUUGUUGAAUUUUACUCCUGAUGCAUGAAUUAUGGUACAGCGAGUACAAGAGCACUAAGUAGAACUUCUGUUUAGUAUUUUACUACUGAUCUAGCCGUGUGCUCGAUCAUGUUUUGGUUUCUGUUCCAAAGAUUAGAUUCCGCUGGCCAAGUAUUCUAGUUUCCAACUUAUUUUUUAGUAGAGUUAAUCUUAUUGAACAUUUGAUAUGUUCUGUACAUGCAGGCUUGCAGCCGAGACAUUGAAGACACAGUAAUAGAACACAAAAGAAUGGGUAAGAAGGGAAAGUGGUUUAGUGCUGUGAAGAAAGUCUUCGGCUCCUCCGAUCCUGAUGGAAAGCAAGCAAAGGCUGAGAAGGCGGACAAGUCAAAAUCCAGUAGGAGAUGGCCAUUUGGAAAGUCGAGGCACUCUGAUCCUUCUGCCUCAACGGUGUCAGGGACUGCUCCAGUAGCUCCUUUGCCGCCGCCGCCACCAAUACAACUUACUCAGCCACACUCUCAGGAGAUUAAAGAUGUCAAGCCAGUUGAAACAGACAGUGAGCAGAACAAGCAUGCAUACUCUGUUGCCCUUGCAUCUGCUGUUGCUGCUGAAGCUGCAGCAGUUGCUGCCCAGGCCGCUGCUGAGGUUGUCCGCCUCACAGCAGUUACUACGGCAGCACCAAAAAUGCCUGUUACUUCAAGGGAAGAACUUGCGGCCAUCAAGAUUCAGACCGCCUUCAGAGGUUAUCUGGCAAGGAGAGCAUUGCGCGCACUAAGAGGGCUAGUUAGAUUGAAGUCACUUGUUGAUGGACAUGCCGUCAAGCGCCAAACUGCUCAUACUUUGCAUUGCACACAAACGAUGACAAGAGUUCAAGCUCAAAUCUACUCUAGAAGGGUGAAAUUGGAGGAGGAAAAACAGGCUCUUCAAAGGCAGCUCCAAUUGAAACAUCAAAGGGAACUUGAGAAAAUGAAGAUUGAUGAAGACUGGGAUCACAGCCAUCAAUCCAAAGAACAAAUUGAGGCCAGCCUAGUUAUGAAACAAGAAGCUGCGCUAAGACGAGAAAGAGCACUCGCAUAUGCUUUUUCUCAUCAGUGGAGAAAUUCUGGUCGAACUAUAACCCCAACUUUCACAGAACCUGGUAAUCCUAACUGGGGCUGGAGCUGGAUGGAACGCUGGAUGACAGCAAGACCUUGGGAGAGCCGAUUGGCAGCAUCAGACAAGGAUCCUAAAGAGCGUUCUCUGACAAAGAAUUCCAGCACCAGUGCUGUUCGAAUGUCUGUACCCCGUGCCAUCUCAAUCCAGAGGCCAGCAACACCAAACAAGUCAAGCCGUCCACCAAGCCGGCAAUCACCUUCAACACCGCCAUCGAAGGCACCAUCUACCUCAGGAAAGACCAGGCCGGCAAGUCCAAGGAGCAGCUGGCUGUACAAGGAAGAUGACCUGAGGAGCAUCACAAGCAUACGCUCUGAACGCCCAAGGAGGCAGAGCAUAGGUGGAGGCUCGGUCCGGGAUGAUGCAAGCCUGACUAGCACACCACCUCUCCCCAGUUAUAUGCAGUCGACAGAGUCUGCGAGAGCAAAGUCUCGAUACCGCAGCUUAUUGACUGAGAAACUUGAGCUUUCAGAGAGGGCACCUCUGGCCCAUUCAGUUGUUAAGAAGCGCCUCUCCUUCCCAGUCAUUGACAAACCGAGCGGUCCACCGGCAGAUAAGCCAAAGGAAAGGGUGAGACGCCAUUCAGACCCUCCGAAAGUCGAUCCGGCAACACUGAAGGAUGCUCCUGUUGCCUGAUCAGGCCCUUGUGAUUGUUAGGUUUCAUGCUGUUUUAACUCCAUGAUGAAAUUUCUAAGAUUGUUUUCUCUGUGUAAUGUAUGAUCUGUCCGGGUUGAUUUGAGAAUUGAGACAAUUCUAACUGUGUUUGCAGACAUGGUUUUCUCCCUGUAGAUUGACACGUGUGAUGCUAACAGUGUGUGCUGUUGGCUUUCAAUGUACCAUAUAACGGUUUUUGACAGACUUUCUUAACGUGUGAAAACUGCAAUAUUUAGCCAUUCCAAA